UAAAUCCCCAGAAGCAAAGAAAAAACAAAAACAAAAUGAAAACACUGAAAUACCCGUCAAGCCCUCAACGCACACGCCCCCAAUAUUUAUUCGUCACCAACACCCACUAUUCCAUCUAUUUUUCCUUUCCCCCCACACUUCCAUCACCGCGGCCGCCUCCUCUCGUCUCCUCGGCUCUCCCUUCUCCCUCACCACGUCCCGCGCGCUCCUCUCGACGCCGUCGCCGCCCGCCGCCCUCCGAGCCGCCUAGGGUUUCCCGCCCCCCGGGCGCGUCUCAGCCACGUCGCCCACGGCCAUGGUGAUCACGGCCGAGCCGCGCCCGCCGCCUCCCCCGGAUCCCCUCGCCGACGCCGUGGCGGUGGAGGCGGCGGCCGCGGCUGCGGCCACGUCGAACGCCCGCCAGGCCGCCCCCGCGUUCUCCUCGUUCCCGUCGUUCAAGACGUGGGGGAGCCACCGCGUCCUGCGCUGCGCGGCCCACGUCAACCGCGCCGGCGAAGCCAUCGCGAGCGCCAACGCUGCCGCCAGGCGCUCCCCGGGGAAGGUCGACGCGGGCGCGGAGAAGAAGGCCCCGAGCCACCUGAACGGGGUGGAAGCAGGGAGCAGCGACGCCGCCGCCGCGGACCACCACGUGGCGGCGGCGGCGGCGGCGGAGGACGCGGAGUCUGCCGCCGCCUCGCGACCGUGGAAGCUGCGCACCCGGCGGCGCCCCAAGGUGGCGGCCCCGUCCGCGAGCGCGUCGCCGCCUCCCGAGCGGAGGCCGUCGCGGGCCCGCGCGGAGCCCCUCGACCGGGCGCGGUUCUCCGUGACGCUCACGACCGAGGAGAUCGAGGAGGACAUCUACGCUGUCACCGGCGCCCGCCCGCGCCGCCGCCCUAGGCGGCGGCCCCGCGUCGUGCAGAAGCAGCUCGAUAUGCUAUUCCCCGGCUCGUGGCUGUCGGAGAUCACUGGCGAGUCCUACCGGGUGCCGGACGACCGGUGAGAGGCGCGGACCCCGUCGCCGGCCCGUCGAGCACCGCCGAGCCGUCGGCGAGGACGCAACGCAAGGAACCCGCAAGGCAAGCAAAUUCGCCAAUCGGAACCCGGUGUUGUCAAUUCUUUCUUUAGCCUCCGCCCGUCUCCUGCUGGUGAUGUUACCGUGAUCUAAUCAGCUACCAGUAAUUAUAAUUAUUAAUUGAUCGAAAUAGAAUGCUAGUAGCAGUAGCAGCAGUAAGCAGCAAGCGACUCGUAUCAAGUUGUUUUCUUUAGCGAAAGUACGUAAGGGAUAGUUUGGUCUGGUGCGUGUUGGUGUUGGCCCUUUGAUGGCACAUUUCUUAUUAACAUCUGGAUUCCAAUGUUGAUGCUGUCUUUCUCCU